AUGGCGCAAGAUCCUCAUGUCGUCGCUCAGCUUGUGAAAAGCUUAGAGGAUGCUCGAAAGAUGGGCAUGGCAGAGAAGAAGCGAAAGUACAAUUGCAAAAAGACAACUUUCUCAGUCCGUGGAACCGAGAACGUGACGGUCGACUCUUGGAAGUUUAUGGAUUGGGACUACAAGCGAACCGACCUCCCUACAUAUGCCCGUGGUCUUUUUACCCACCGACGCAGCAACGGUGUUCCCGAAAUUUCUGUACGUGGAUACGACAAGUUUCACAACGUUGGCGAAACCCCCGAUACGCGCUGGAACAAUAUCGAGGACAACACCCGGGGCCCAUAUGAGUUGAGUGUGAAAGAAAAUGGAUGUAUUAUUUUCAUAUCUGGAAUGGAGGAUGGGAAAUUGUUGGUGUGCAGCAAGCAUUCCACUGGAUAUCGCCCCGACGCUGAGAUCAGCCAUGCUAUGGCUGGUGAGGCAUGGGUGGAGCGACACGUCGCGACAGUGAAUAAAACCACACAGGAUCUCGCACGAGAGCUGCGCGAGAACAAUCUUACAGCUGUCGGAGAGCUGUGUGAUGAUGCAUUCGAAGAGCAUGUUCUAGCGUAUGAUGAGGACGCUGCUGGUUUUUACUUGCAUGGUCUCAACUAUAACCUCCCUGAAUUUUCCACAAAGUCCAGCGAGGAAGUCCAUCAAUUUGCCGACAAGUGGGGGUUCAAGAAGGCGAAUUUCGUGAAGUUCGAUGAGCUUGACGAGGUGAAGAGGUUCCUGGAGGAAGCUGCAGAGACCGGAACAUGGGACGGUCGGGAGACUGAAGGUUUUGUCGUUCGCUGUAAGAAGAACCAGAAUGGUCGGGGUCCCUACCAGGACUGGUUCUUCAAAUACAAGUUCGAGGAGCCUUAUCUCAUGUACCGCCAGUGGCGCGAAUGCACCAAGGCUGUCAUCUCAGGUAAACUUCCAAAUAUCAAGAAACAUCACAAAAUCACCGAGGAGUAUCUCCACUUCGCACGAAGAGAACUCAUCAGGGAUCCAAAAAGGGCAGAGGCCUUCAACCACAAUCACGGCAUCAUCGAAUUACGAGAACAGUUUCUACGGGAGAGUGGUCUGAAAGGCUCUGAGAUCAUCGCCAUGGAAUCUCAGGCGAAGGACCAGGACGAAGAAAUUGAGCGUGACGUUGUCAUCGCUCCCAUUGCUUCUCUUGGAUGUGGUAAAACCACCGUGGCACUGGCUCUAGUUCAUCUCUUUGGUUGGGGUCACAUCCAAAACGAUGACAUUCCCAAGCAAAAGAACAAGCCCAAGAAGUUCGCAUUCGAACUCACAAAAGCGAUGGCAACGGCGCCAGUGGUGAUCGCUGACCGCAACAACCACCAGGCGCGCGAGCGGCAGCAGUUGUUUGAGGAUAUUUUCCCUGUCAUCCCUACCGCCCAAUUCGUCGCACUCCAUUAUGUUCACGAGCCGAAAAAUGAACUUCUACCCGCCAUCAAAGAAGUUACCCGAAAGCGGGUAUUGGAACGUGGUGACAACCACCAGACCAUUCGGGCCGGCACGAAGAACCAGGAUGAGACCAUCGGGAUUAUGGAUGGAUUCUUACACCGAUUCCAGGGUGUUGACGCUACCAGAGCCCCAGACGAGCAUUUCAAUCUUGUAAUUGACUUGGACGUGUGUGCCUCUUCGAGAGAUAACCUCGAGACGGUCGUGGCUGCCCUACAUGUUGCAUACCCCAAAAUUAUGCCCACCUUGCCCACCCAGCACGAUUUAGACGCUGCCAUUGACGCUGCCAUGACUGAAUACAAGGUCCAGAAGGACCUGAGUUGGUCUUACAAAGAUCAAAACAAGAAAGACAAUACCAAGAAAGCCAAGGAAUCGCACCAUGCCAAGGAAUCGCACCAUGAGCCACCAGCUGAAAUUGCUCCCGCGAUUCUAGCUCGCAAAAUCGAAUUCUUCCAAAUCUCCGUUAACCCCAAAGAUGUCUUUUCUGUUUUCCACUCCCUCUUCGCCGCUGAUGUGCCUGCGGAUGCUUCCCGGAUGUACCACCAGCUUGUGAACCAGCGCCGCAUCCAGCCUACCUGCCAUGUCACUCUCAUCCACCGUGCUUUGAGCGAGGCCCGCUCCGAUAUUUGGUCCCACUACUCGACGCAAUACGUUGACACUUUAACUGCCUAUCCAGUACCCAACCCUAUCCAGAAACCCCCGACUCUCGGUGCUGCACGCGUUCGCCUCGAGCGUCUUGUUUGGGAUAAUCGUGUCAUGGCAUUUGUGGUCCGUAUCCUGACAGCAGAUGUGCAAAGCUCGGACGAGAAGGAAACACCUGAUCUCCCAUGCGCAAAUGCCAUUCCUCACAUCACUAUUGGCACUGCUUCGCCUGAUAUCAAGCCGAAGGAGAGCAAUGACCUUCUUCAGCGUUGGUUGAAGGAAGGCUCCGGUGGUAAUACUGGUAUCUAUGAGGCCGAGGUUAAGGGGGUUGAGGUUAUCGAUGGAACUGUUGGAUUGGUUAUGAUGCGUGGCCGGUGA